UCAAAAAUAAAUACGACUUAGGGGACUGGUGUGAACUCAGCCUUACCGAGCCAACAGGGAGAGAUCCUUUUCCUUCUCCACCUGCCUUAUUCUCCCCAGACGUGCCCCAGCUCCUUACGGGUAUUGCUAACGAUGGGGAGUUGGCAGGGGACAAGAGGGCAUGAAGAAAAGGAAGGUUGCUACUGAGACUGUGAAGCCCGCAAGUGCCAGGCUGGAUAAGGAUGCAUAUGCUGGGCCCAGUCCACCGCAGGUAACGUUGGAUCACCAUCCUGUCGCAGCGGCUGUUACGAUGGAAUUGGAGCAAGAGGAAGAUAUUAAACCGCCUCCUCCGAUUGUAGUAGAUUCACAUCAGAGUGAGGAGUUAGAACAAAGAGAAGAGGUUGACUUGGUCCACGUCAUGGAGCGAUCUCCUUCCCCUUCGCUUUCCUCCGUUGAUAUGAGAAUGACACUGUCGCCGUCCUCUAUCCCAAGAAGAGAUGAUUUUUCAAGGCACGAGAGUGGGGAACGCCUCAGGCCUGUAUUAGGGUACGAUCCGCAGACCCUGCAGAUGUUAAAGGAGGAGCAUGAGGUGAUUUUAGAAAAUCAAAGAAAAUUUGGACUCUACGUCCAGGAAAAGAGGGAUGGUUUGAAAAGAAGGCAGCGGCUGGAAGAAGAACUACUAAAAGCAAAAAUCAAAGUGGAGAAGCUGAAGGCAGUCCGGCUACGACGUGAUCUUCCCGACUACAGCGUCCUCUAGACGGCUGGGCUUAGCCGGAAUUUGGGGGAUCUUAGAUCUCAAGAAUGUUUUCGUCCUAGUAAGUUUGUAUACGAGCCUAUGGCUGGAUCCAAAAUAGGCCCAAUGUUAGGGAAAUCCGUAGAUCACCUUACGUUUCUCGUCUGUUCGUGUUUUUCGGAAACGGCACCCGUUUAUGACUUCUCGAUUUCCUCCUCAGGAUCGGAAAAUUCUUAGUAGCUGGCCCCUUGAAAUACACAGUAAGGGUUUUGUUUGGUUUUUUUUACAUCUAAUUCAAAUGAAAGAAAAUAUCAGAAACAACUUCCUCGGGCUUGGAGCCUUCCUACCUGAAAAAUAUUUAAGGAGGACUUUGAAAAAGGGGAAGUACUAGCUUGAAACUUCCAGCUGCUGUCGUUUGGGAUGUGAUAAUGACAGUUGCAGCAAGAGUUUUAAAUUGGUAAUGUUAUUUAGUGUGGUGCUAAAUGCCUGGAAAGGGAGGUUGAUUUUGCCUUAGUCUCUUUCCAAGGAAGAGCUCUAGCGGUUCUUUUCAAUUCUCUUUAUGAAGUGAUUUGUUGACAAAGUAAACCAUAAGGAUCUGUUUCCUUGUAAGAUUAUACAAAGUUGAGGCUUCAGGGAAUUCUGUCAUUCAUUCAUUCAAUUGUAUUUAUU